AUGGCAUUCAAGAGAAAGGCGGAACCUGUCCUGAGUGGCCCAGAAGUGGCUAUUGAGUUAGAUAAGAAAAAGCAGGUCACAGUAAGGGAAUUCAAUGGUGUUAAAUUAGUGGAUAUCCGCGAGUUCUACAUUGACAAGCAGUCAGGAGAGAAAAAGCCAGGCAAGAAGGGAAUUUCUCUCACAGAAGAAACGUGGAAGAAAUUGAUUGAGCUUCAGAAAGAUAUAAAUAAUGCAUUGGACGACUUGAGCGAGGAUAAAGUGUCCCCCAAGGCAAAGAAGUUGAAAGAAGAAAAGAAAGAGGACGAGGAGGAGAACGAGAAGGAGAGUGAAGCCGAGUGA